UGAGAGGAUGUUUGGUUGCAGAAGAGGUGAGAUGCGGUGCUCGGAGCCCGAGAGGGUCAGGGGGAGGAGAUGCAAGGGAGUGGAGCAAGAAGACUAGAGGAGGAGAAGCACCGAGUGACCAAUUCAGCGGCACCAUCCUCGGACAGCUAGCCCGCCAAUGGUCGUCCACCCAGGACGCUCACACCGACGACUUCGCCGAAACGACUCGUCCGCUGCGGUCGUGUCGGCCGGCGGAAUGAGGAGAUGAUCACGACCCAGCAAAAUCGGCGGCGACGAGCCUGACAGCAGAGUCUCAAAAACUUUUGCACAUUGACUUGACACAGGAUUUUGACUCCAUCCAGUCACCCCCAGCGUGUGGCUCUGCGUUGUGGCUACCAAGAAACCCCUUGCUCUUUCAAAACUUUGUCCAAGUCGAUAAAUGAGUGAGCCAGCUGCAAGGGAAAGGGCGGGGACAUGUACCAGAACCCCAACAGAAUGUCCUGGUUCAGUGGUUUCCUAGUCGCCAGAGUGGAUGACCGUAAGACUGCGUGGGGGGAGCGCAAUGGCAAGAAGUCCAAACGGAGGGGAGGCUCAUCUUUGUGCAACCCACGUUACAUGAGCUGCCUGCGGGACCCAGAUGCCAUGGACCCCCCAUCUGGAGCCCCCCUCCACCAGCACCACCGUGGAGGAGUGGCAGGGGCCAUGGGAGGUGGGAGUAAUUUUGGUGCCCGAUGCGGCUGGCAGGAGGACCACUACGGCAAAAGAUCCGGGCCUCACAGGGAAGGGGUGGGGCUGAAAUCAGUGGACUUGGACUUUGAGGACGGGGAGUUGAAGGGCAGAAAAGGUGGGUGUAAUGGAGGAAAUGGCGACAUGGGCGAAAACAGCACCAACGGUGGCGGGGUGGUGACUGCUGCGGAUUGCUGGCUCAGGGUGGUGCGGGUAUUCCAAUCGAAAAAGUUCCAGUCCCGCAAGCUGGAGCGCCUAUACCAGCGAUACUUUUUCAGGCUCAACCAGAGCUCCUUGACCAUGCUGAUGGGGGUACUUGUGAUUGUGUGCGGCAUCAUGUUGACCUUCCACUGUGUCCACGCCCCCCCUCACGUGGCCUAUUCAUCUGCAUUAUCGGUGGCAAUGGCGCUCUUCAUGGCUCUUAUGGUAGUGUGCAACCGCAACGGCUUCCAUCAGGACUACAUGUGGAUGGUCAGCUACCUGGUCAUCGGGGUUUUGCUGUCAGUCCAAGUGUUCGGGGUGCUCAUGGUGGCUCCUCGUAGCGCUUCGGAGGGCAUCUGGUGGUCCGUGUUUUUCAUAUACAUCAUCUACACCCUCCUGCCCGUAAGGAUGAGGGCGGCCGUGGUAAGCGGAGCAGUGCUGUCCAUCAUACACGUGGUCACCACCUGGCAGAUCAACCAGGAGGACGAGUUCCUUUGGAAACAGGUGAGUGCAAAUGUCCUUAUUUUCCUGUGCACCAACAUCAUUGGAAUCUGCACCCACUACCCUGCUGAGGUUUCUCAGAGACAAGCCUUCCAGGAAACCAGAGGAUACAUCCAGGCCAGGCUACAUCUGCAGAGGGAGAAUCAACAACAGGAACGUCUGUUGCUCUCGGUGCUGCCAAGGCAUGUUGCCAUGGAGAUGAAGGCUGACAUCAAUGCCAAGAAGGAAGACAUGAUGUUCCAUAAGAUCUAUAUCCAGAAACAUGACAAUGUCAGUAUUCUGUUUGCCGAUAUUGAGGGUUUUACCAGCUUGGCCUCCCAGUGCACGGCUCAGGAACUGGUCAUGACACUCAACGAACUGUUUGCCCGUUUUGACAAGCUGGCCUCGGAGAACCAUUGUCUACGUAUUAAAAUUUUGGGUGAUUGUUACUACUGUGUGUCUGGGCUACCUGAACCCCGAGCUGACCACGCCCACUGCUGUGUGGAAAUGGGCGUGGACAUGAUCGAAGCCAUUUCGCUAGUGCGUGAGGUGACAGGUGUCAAUGUCAACAUGCGAGUUGGCAUCCACAGUGGGCGUGUGCACUGCGGUGUCCUAGGACUCAGGAAGUGGCAGUUUGACGUCUGGUCUAACGAUGUCACACUGGCCAAUCACAUGGAGGCAGGAGGCAAAGCAGGGCGGAUCCACAUCACGAAGGCCACUCUGCAGUAUCUCAAUGGCGACUACGAAGUGGAGCCUGGCUUUGGAGGAGAGAGAAAUGCCUAUCUGAAGGAUAACAGCAUUGAAACCUUCUUGGUCCUCGGAUGUAGCCAAAAGCGGAAGGAAGAAAAGGCGAUGAUGGCGAAGAUGCAGCGGACGAGAGCCAACUCCAAUGAGGGACUGAUGCCACGCUGGGUCCCUGACAGGACUUUCGCUAGGACAAAAGACUCCAAAGUCUUCAGACAAAUGGGCAUUGAUGAAACCUCCAGUAAAGACAAUCGGUGCGUUCAGGAAACUAUAAACCCAGAGGAUGAAGUAGAUGAAUUCCUAGGACGAGCCAUCGAUGCUCGCAGCAUCGACCAGCUAAGAAAAGACCAUGUUAAAAAGUUUCUGCUCACCUUCCAGACGUCAGGCUUGGAGAAGAAGUAUUCCAAGAAGGUGGAUGAUCGUUUUGGAGGCUAUGUUGCUUGCACUCUACUAGUUUUCUGCUUCAUAUCCUUCAUACAGAUUGUCAUCUUUCCACACACUCCAGUCAUGCUGGGAAUUUACAUCAGUAUCUUCAUCAUCCUGGCCAACAUCCUUUUCAUCUGUGCCAUAUACUCUUGCAUCAAGCUAUUUCCAGCUGCAAUGCAGACCGUUUCAAAGAAGAUUGUCCAGUCUCGCACCAACAGCACUCUUGUCGGAGUGUUCACCAUUAUCCUUGUCUUCAUCUCUGCCUUUGUAAACAUGUUUGCCUGUGACACCAAGAGUUUACCGGAGUGCGUCGCGGAGAAGUCCAACACGUCCGCCGCCUUGGUGACGCCAUGCUUGAUCCGCAGCUUGAAUGUGUCUGUUGAAGGGGGUCUAGAGAUGUGUCCCAGUCAAGGCCCCUCCUGUCCCUUUCCUGAGUACUUCAGCUACAGCGUGCUGCUGACGCUGCUGGCUUGCUCAGUGUUCCUGCAGAUCAGCAGCAUUGGGAAGUUGGCCCUGAUGCUGCUCAUCCAGUUCACCUUCCUGCUGCUGGUCGAGUGGCCACAAGUAGCACUAUUCGACAAUGCAGACCUCUUUGUCACCUCUAAUGCCAUUGACCUCAAUGAAACAAGUAAACAGUGGUCUAGUUUCAAUGAAACUACAAGCCAGUGCCCAUUUGUUGUGACCAAAGUGUCCCUGAGGGUUAUGACCCCAGUGAUCCUCACAGUCUUUGUACUGGCGCUGUACCUGCACGCCCAGCAGGUCGAAUCGACUGCACGCCUGGACUUCCUGUGGAAAUUACAGGCCACUGAAGAAAAGGAGGAAAUGGAGGAACUACAAGCCUACAAUCGUCGCCUCCUCCAUAACAUUCUGCCUAAAGACGUCGCCGCUCACUUCCUGGCACGUGAGCGACGUAAUGAUGAGCUGUACUACCAGUCCUGCGAGUGUGUGGCGGUUAUGUUUGCUUCCAUCAGUAAUUUCUCAGAGUUCUAUGUGGAACUGGAGGCCAACAAUGAGGGGGUGGAGUGUCUGCGGCUGCUCAAUGAGAUAAUCGCUGACUUUGAUGAGAUCAUUAGCGAGGAUAAGUACAGGCAGCUGGAGAAGAUCAAGACCAUUGGCUCCACCUACAUGGCCGCCUCAGGACUCAAUGACUCCACCUAUGACAAGGAGGGACGCUCCCACAUUACUGCGUUGGCUGACUAUGCCAUGAGACUUAGGGAGCAAAUGAAAUACAUCAAUGAGCAUUCCUUCAACAAUUUCCAGAUGAAGAUUGGCCUGAACAUUGGACCAGUGGUCGCAGGGGUCAUUGGGGCACGGAAGCCUCAGUAUGACAUUUGGGGAAACACAGUUAAUGUGGCCAGUCGUAUGGACAGCACAGGUGUACCAGAUUGCAUACAGGUGACGACAGACCUCCAUCAGGUGCUGGCAAACAAAGGGUACGUGUUGGAGUGUCGCGGGGUUGUUAAGGUCAAAGGUAAAGGCGAAAUGACAACCUACUUCCUGAAUGACGGACCGCCUAACAGUUAGCAGCCAUGGCAAGAGCAGGUGCCCCUGCAUGGACAUCCACUGAGUGAAGACUCACGGGGUGAGCAAAUGGCAAAAAAAAAAAAAAAACUAUAAACGCCAAGCAAUCCCAAGCAAGGAAGUGAGGGGAAAGUUUUAAGAUUUUCAAUGGAGCUAUGUUCCUGAAGUGAGGAAAAUGUUCUCAUUUGACAGCCAUUUUGGUGCAAGUGAAAAGGACGGGUGUUUUUCUCACGUUUAGCCUCCCUCUCAGGCUUCUUGAAAGAUGCAAAGUCUGUUUAUUUAAAUCAACGCCUUUUAGCCUGUGUCAAAAGAAGAUGUAACGCUGUACAUAAGGCUACCUUCUUUUCCUUUGGUAUUCUUAGUUUUUGUUUUACAUGAAUUGAGAACAGGUACUGGUAUUUUCUUUCCAGAUCAUUUAUUUGGAUGUGCAAAAGAUACUUUAAGUGUGACAACAUUAAGUAUGUGCACAAAUAUCCAGUGUGUUACACAUGUGUCAUGAAUAUAUAUAUAUAUAUAUAUAUAUAUAUAUAUAUAUAUAUAUAUAUAUAUAUAUAUAUAUAUAUAUAUAUAUACAAUGAGGACUAUAUUGACCAAAGACUAAAUACUAAAAGCAAGGCAAGACAUGUUUGAUAUGUUCUCAGCAAUGAUUGCCGCCUGUUUUUAAGGCCUAAAGCGUCUGUCUUUUUGCCUAGCUGCUGGCAGUAAAGACUGCUUCAUUGUUUUCAUAAGAUAUGUAAAAAAAAAAUAUAUAUAUAUUUAUUUUUGUCUGUCACUGUGGCAGCAUUAACUUUAAAUUAUGAUAGUGCCCUCAACUUUUAGAUGACUAAAGACGACUACGGAUGUUCUGAUGAAGGCUAUAUUUGAAAUCUAGCUUUGUAUUUGUGUUCACUGAGGAGUACACGUAGCUCCAGUCGGGCUCAAGACAACACAUUGGUUGAUUCUUUGCUGGUUUAAGCCGUAACAGUAUGUCAACUGCUCUCCUUUUUCAGAGAAGUAUUUUUGGUGCAAACAGAAGGAACUUAGUUUGAAAGUUUGGGGAAGAGGGGAUUUUGGAUUUCAGCGCAGUGGUACCACAAAGCCUAAUUCUUCUAUGAAGAAGAACGAGAUGAAGAGAUGAAAUAUCAAAUAUAUAUAUAUAUAUAUAUAUAUAUAUAUAUAUAUAUAUAUAUAUAUAUAUAUAUAUAUAUAUACACAUAUAUAUAUAUUUGUUUUGACUGAAUACUGUGCUUUGUAAUCCUGAAGGGGCAUAACUAUUUUCACUGUGAGGUUUUAAUUCUUCAGCCAAACUGCUUUCUUGCUAAGCAUAAUCGCUUUGAAGCAUGUCUGAUUGUGGUAUUCUUUUUUUUUUCUUUUAACGUAAGGGUAUUUUCUACCACUUCUGCAUCCAUCAUUUGUAUAUUCUUAAUGUUGGUAUUAUUAUUAUUAUUAUUAUGAUUAAUUAUAAUGCUUAUUAUGAUGAUUCCGUUCCAGUGCAAAAGGAUCAAAGACCAGCACGCUUUUCUCGUAAAGCGAAGGCUCACUGGUACUGACAGAUGGACCACAGCUAAUGAAGUCUGCUGUCCAGUCCUUAUUGUACAAUAUAAUAUUGUUGCGAUCGUGCACAGCAAGAAAUAACUUAGCUGCCAGAAGGUGAAAGCUCUCAUAAGCAUAGGAAUAAACAUACAUUUGAAGGAUUCACUGUGCUUUUUUAAGUUAUGACACUCCUGCAGUAUUGUAAAUCUCAGUCAGGCUUUUCGGCAAUGUCAUGUUUCCUGGUAUUAAACCACUAUGUGGUGAGUGGCUGAGAGCUAGGGUAGGAGAAAGGGGCACAGAUUGUUUUCACAAUCAUUUCAUCAGUUGUUGUUUUAUUUUUUUCCAAAAGAUUUGCGCUGAUGACUGAGUUUGGUUGCCUUAAGUAAAUAUCAACAUAAUACAGGAACUGUGCCUGUCGGCCCUCUCUGGACUAAGCUGAAGGAAAGAAAGGAAUAAGGGCUUGUCAACAAUUUCAUCUCGUCCACAUUUUUUGCCAUAAACAAAAGCACCGACUCGACUCUUUUGCCACACUGGACGGCGGCAAACACUUGAUCACGUUCGUACCAAAGCCAGCUCACUGGUCCUUGCUUCGUGUUGACGUUUGCUCUCAGGUGUGGCAGAAGCACCAGAGGACAGCAAUAUAAUGGAGAUCACAUGAACUGUGACCGAUGAAGAGGGAUUCCUUUAUAGAAUGGACACCUUUAUAAAAUGUGCAUUAUAUGUAUUCUAUUUCCAUUGGCUGCCCAUGGACUUGUGUUCAUUGUUAACUCUUGGGAUGUUUUGGGGAAGCAGGAGAGGAAGGUUGCCUCCACACUACUGAAACAGUAUUUUUGCUCAGGCCUGAUGAAUCCUUCAGUACUUGUUUUUGUUUCAUUUGUAUUUGCUCCGAGUGCAAAAAGGAGAAGAAGCGCUGAGGACUAUGACAAAAAGAAAAAUAUAAUUUCCCCUUGAAGAACGAAAAUUAAAAAAAAGAUUAAUGGCUGACUAA